GUGUUUCCGGCAGCCAAGAUGGCGGCAGCGGCUAGCCCGGCAUCCCUGGAGUCGGCCCCCCGAAUCUUGCGGCUGGUGGCCGAGUGCAGCCGCUCCAGAGCUCGGGCGGGCGAGCUGCGGCUGCCGCACGGGACGGUGGCCACUCCAGUCUUCAUGCCAGUGGGCACACAGGCCACCAUGAAGGGCAUCACGGCCGAACAGCUGGACGCGCUGGGCUGCCGCAUCUGUCUGGGCAACACCUACCACCUGGGUCUGAGGCCGGGCCCAGAGCUGAUCCAGAAAGCCCAUGGUCUCCACGGCUUCAUGAACUGGUCUCACAACCUGUUGACGGACAGCGGCGGCUUCCAGAUGGUGUCCCUGGUGUCCCUGUCUGAGGUGACCGAGGAGGGCGUCCGAUUUCGCUCCCCCUACGACGGCGCCGAGACCCUCCUGAGCCCGGAGAAGUCCGUGGAGAUCCAGAACGCUCUGGGCUCAGACAUCAUCAUGCAGCUGGACGACGUAGUCAGUAGCACUGUGACGGGGCCACGUGUGGAGGAGGCAAUGUACAGGUCAAUCCGUUGGCUGGACCGGUGCAUUGCAGCUCAUCAGCGGCCGGACAAGCAAAACCUCUUUGCCAUCAUUCAGGGUGGGCUGGAUGCAGAUCUCCGGGCUACCUGCCUUGAAGAGAUGACCAAGAGGGAUGUGCCGGGCUUUGCCAUCGGGGGCCUGAGCGGGGGUGAGAGCAAGGGCCAGUUCUGGAGGAUGGUGGCACUGAGCACUUCGCGGCUGCCUAAGGACAAGCCCCGAUACCUGAUGGGGGUCGGCUAUGCCACUGAUCUGGUGGUCUGCGUAGCUCUCGGAUGUGACAUGUUCGACUGCGUCUUCCCCACGCGGACGGCGCGCUUUGGCUCUGCCCUGGUGCCCACUGGGAGCCUGCAGCUGAAGAAGAAGCAAUAUGAGAAGGAUUUUGGCCCCAUAGACCCUCAGUGCACCUGCCCCACCUGCCAGAAGCACAGCCGAGCCUUCCUGCAUGCGCUGCUGCACAGCGACAACACUGCUGCCCUGCACCACCUCACUGUCCACAACAUUGCCUACCAGCUGCAACUGAUGAGUGCCGUGCGCACCAGCAUUGUAGAGAAGCGCUUCCCUGACUUUGUGCAGGACUUCAUGGACACCAUGUAUGGGGACCCCACCCUCUACCCUCCCUGGGCCACUGAAGCCCUGGCAUCUGUGGGAAUCACCCUGGGGUGACCU